UUGACUUGACGAAUUAGAGAACUCUGCUUAAUUUGUUCUUGAUAAAUAUCCCUUCCCAGCUCCAAAAAAUUCACGCACCCUUCUAAUUCCGAUCUGAUAUCCCACCGUACAUCAGAGUGCUUAGUGAUGGCACCCUUAACCAUUCUACUCCGAGUGAUCCUGGCCCUCAUUUUUGUGCUCGAAACGUCUCCUCAUCUUCCUUUUGGAGACUCUACACGCACUACCAACAGUCAUGGAACUGGAAGUAAUCGAACCGUAGGGGGUGAGAUGGUGGCACUCUUGAAAUGGAGAUCCAGCCUUGGACGCCAAGGCCGCUCCCUCCUGUCCUCAUGGGAUCCAAGCGUCCCAACUUGCAGAUGGAUGGGGAUAUCAUGUGAUAGUUAUGAAAGAAUGGUGAGCUUGAACCUGUCUUACUAUAAUCUUGAUGGUACGCUCCAAAAUCUGAACUUCUCCUCCUUCCCCGACUUGACCACUCUCGUGCUAGUCAGUACUUCUCUGUCCGGAACCAUCCCUCCAGACAUUGAGAACCUUUCCAAGCUCAACUACCUUGACUUGUCCAGCAAUAAUCUUUCUGGAAAUAUCCUAUCCAGCAUAGCAAACAUCGCCAACCUGUCUCAUGUCGAUUUUAUGAACAACAGUCUCGAUGGAACCUUGCCGAAAGAAUAUGCUGCUUUCAGAUCUCUUACUUUUCUACAGCUAUCAUAUAACAGCAUCUCAGGCUCAAUUCCUGGCUCGGUUGGAAACUUGACAAGUUUGACUGGCCUAUAUCUUAACCAUAAUGAACUUUCAGGGCCUAUCCCCCCCGAGGUAUGGGUGCUAACAUCUCUCAGAGAUCUCUACUUAAGUGACAAUCAACUAACCGGCACUAUCCCGCCUGAAGUGGGGAAGCUCACAUCUCUCCAAAGGCUCGUGUUAAAUGACAACCAAUUAACCGGCACUAUUCCUUCUUCAAUUGGGAAUUUAAGCAGCUUAUGGUAUUUUUUGUUGUUAAAUAAUGAACUUGUUGGAUCCAUUCCUCAAGAAAUAGGAAAGUUGAGCUCUCUCACUCAACUCGAUUUGUCAUCUAAUAGGCUAAGUGGUUCCAUCCCCGAUACCAUUGGAAAUCUGAGCAACUUUGAAUUUUUGUACUUGUAUAAGAACAAUCUCUCUGGCGCCAUACCCCAAGAAAUCGGGAACAUGCCAAGGCUGAUGCACCUGCAACUUCAUCAGAAUAAUCUAACGGGUGCCAUUCCAGAUUCAAUCAGAAAGUUGGGCAGUUUAGAUGUACUGUUUCUUGGAGGAAACAGACUGUCUGGCCCAAUUCCUUCCCCCAUGGGCAACUUGAGCAAACUGACGAUAUUGGAUUUGAGCCUAAAUCAAUUAAGUGGCUCUCUUCCCGUUGAGAUGAACAAUCUCACACGGGUGAGGAUUUUGCAGCUGCCUAAUAAUCACUUUGUAGGCAAUCUACCCCCUGGCGUAUGUCGUGGUGGUGCACUUGAAAGAAUUAUUGGCCAUUCUAACUUCUUCACUGGCCCCAUUCCCCGAAGCAUGAAGAAUUGUUCAACUCUUUCUAGAGUCAGGCUCGAAAACAACCAACUCACUGGAGACAUAUCACAUGCUGUCGGCAUAUACCCCAAUCUAGUUUAUCUUGAUUUGAGUUAUAAUGAACUCCAUGGAAAGUUGCCUGCGAAAUUUGGGCUGUACAACAAUUUGACACUCCUGCGGAUCUCCAACAACAAUAUUUCAGGAACUUUACCGCUUGAGCUUGGAAAUAUGAAAAAGCUUAAAGUCCUUGACCUUUCAAGAAAUCACCUUUCAGGGGGAAUAGAAAGGGAACUUGCAAAUCUGCAGUCCCUGCUUGGGCUUUCGCUGGAUUAUAACAAACUCACGGGGAGCAUUCCUCCUGAGGUUGGGACAAUUUCGACUUUACAAAGUUUUAGCCUCUCUGAGAAUAGGCUGGUGGGCUCCAUCCCUAAGCAACUGGCCAACUGCAUUGACAUGCGGUCCUUGAACUUAAGUGGCAAUGAAUUGCAUGACAGUAUCCCUGUUGAGAUAGGGAAACUACAAUCUCUACGAAGCCUCGAUCUAAGUGGAAAUUCCCUUACUGGAGAAUUACCUGAGCAGCUCGGGCACUUGCGAAAUUUAGAGACCCUCAAUCUCUCACACAACAUGUUCUCAGGUGAUAUUCCAUCAACUUUCAAUAAUAUGGAAAGUUUGACAACAGUUAAUGUGUCCUAUAACCAAUUGGAGGGUCCGAUACCCAAUAGCACAGCCUUCCGUAAUGCCUCAAUCGAUACUGUAAGAGGUAAUAAAGGCUUAUGUGGAGAAAUUGUGGGUCUUAAGCCAUGUCCUUUGAAGAAUCAUGCUAAUGGUCGUAGUGAAAAGGGUGACAAAAAAUUGUUGGUGAUUUUGCUCCCUACAAUUGGUCUCUUGCUUCUUUUUAUCAUCAUUUUUGGACUUUUGUAUGGUAUGAAUUUCCGGACCAAAAGAAAUGCGGAGAAUGAGUUGGUCUCCACCAAUGGCAAUUUGCUGUCAAUAUGGAGCUACGACGGAAGAUUAGUAUACGAGAACAUCAUCGAAGCCACUGAGGGAUUCGACUCUAAGUAUUGCAUUGGCUGUGGAGCAUAUGGGAGUGUUUACAAGGCAAGAUUGUCGAGCGAUCAAAUUGUUGCAGUGAAGAAACUCCAUGUUUCACCACACGACAUAGUUGGCACUACAGCGACAGAGAUAUCUAGGAGGAAGGCUUUUAAGAGCGAAGUUCGUGCUUUGAUAGAGAUCCGACACCGUAACAUUGUCAAACUCUAUGGAUUUUGCUCAUCGUCAAGGCACUCAUUUCUUGUGUACGAGUACUUGGAAGCUGGGAGCUUAGAAGGUUUAUUGACCGAUCAUGAGAUUGCAGCAGGAUUUGGGUGGCUUGAGCGUAGGAAUGUUGCGAGAGGUGUGGCAGAUGCACUAUGCUACCUGCACCAUGAUUGUUUUCCACCCAUAAUUCACCGUGACAUUUCAAGCAAAAAUAUACUUCUCGAUGUGGAUUACGAGGCCCAUGUCUCGGACUUUGGGACGGCAAGAUUUAUGAAACUGGAUUCAUCAAACUGGACUUCAUUUGCCGGAACAUUUGGAUAUGCUGCUCCAGAGCUUGCGUACACCAUGGCAAUAAAUGAGAAGUGCGAUGUCUACAGUUUUGGAGUCGUAGCCCUGGAGUUAAUCAUGGGAAGACAUCCAGGGGAUCUCAUAUCAUCCAUUCGUAAUGUUUAUCAUAUGCAGCUCAAGGAGAUAUUGGACCAGCGUAUUCCAUAUCCCAGAGAUGAAAUAAUGGUUGAUUUGAUCUCUUUCCUAGAUCUAGCAUUCUCAUGCCUAAGUUAUAGACCGGAGUCUCGUCCCAGUAUGAAGCAAGUUUCUCAAGGUCUAUCCACUCAAAGACCCAACGUGCUUGAUUAUUCUUUGGAGAUCAAACUUGGAGAAUUGUUCAAUUCGAGAGGCUUGGUUUCGUGAAAGUCUAAUUACACAUCCGAAUUAGAAGAAGUUUCUUGAAGUCUAUAUGCUUGAAGAUCCACCACGGCAGAGUGAUUCUCGGAGAUCAAACUAGGAGUAGCUCAUUAGAGGGACUUGAUUUUGUGAAACUUUGAUCUUGUAUAUCGUUUCUUUGUUACUUAAUUAACGAUAGAACCCAUCCCGCGUGUGCAUGGAUCUUGUAGAUCUUUGGUACUGUUUUUUCCUCACUUCCUCGGUCAGAUUGUCAUGAUAGUGAUUAUAAUGUACUGAUAGGCAUAUAUACAACAUCGAUAUACAUAUCUUCUGCUGCAUUU